GCGAGAUGGACGAGGACGAUGAGGAGGACGAUGGCGAAGAGAGGACGGACGGCGAUGAGGAGGACGACGACGGCGACGGCAAGGAGCCGCGGCGGCGCUCGGUGUCCCGCCAGCGGCACGAGCCCGACGGCGUCGACCAGGAUGCGGAGCGCUGGGCAGCGGCGCGCUUUAGGCGGGCCAGCUGCCCCCCGGAGCUCCGGCGGGCGAGCAGCCCGAGCUGGAGGCGGGCGGACGCGGGCCUCGACCAGGACGGCGCAGCGCUGGCUCGAUGCCCGCUUCGGGCGGACGAGCUGCCUGGAAGGCCGGGCGAGAAGGAUCCGAGGCCGCGCCUGGGCCCGGAGGCGCUGGGCUUCCUGAGGCAGAUCCUGUGCAGCGGCGGGGCCGAGGGGGGCGGCGCGGCGGCGGCGGGGACCAAAUCUUCCUGUGCGGCCGCGGCCGAGCCGCCCGCGCGGGCGGCGCCAGGGCCCCACGGCCAGCCGGGCGGCGCCCCCGCGGCGGCGGCCGCCCAGGUGACGCAGAGCAGACGGCAUUGGGUCCAGGACGCCGUUUGCCAGACCGUCCCGGUGUGGGAGGAGCGCGACGCUUGCGUGAUUUGCUUGCAGGUCGCUGCCCAAGUGGCCAACGAUGCAGCCAAUGAGGCAGUCGACGCGGCAACUCACGAGGCACCCAAGCAGGCUGCCAACGAGGCAGCCAACAAGGAAGCAAACGAGGCAGCAAACGAGGCAAACACUGAGGCAGCCAACCAGGCAGCCAGCGAGGCAGCCAACAAGGCAGCAAACGAGGCAAGCAACGAGACAAGCAACGAGGCAGCCACCCGGGCAGCAUACGAGGCAGCAGCCGAUGCGAACAACGAGGCGGCCGACCCCACAGCAGAUUCGGCAGCCAACGGGGCAAUGCAAGGGGUGGCGGUGCCAGCCAUGCCCGGGGCGCCGAUGACCGCGGAGGAGACUCGCUUGGCCCAGGGGUGGUACACCAACGGCGACAUGGCGCCCAGUCACAUCGCGGCGAAUCAGCAGCGCGAGAAGUCUUCCAUCACCCGCCUCAUCAAGGACAACUUCCUGAAGAAGACCACUGGCCGUAAUAAUGUCCUCAGCGAGGCUCAAGUGGCCAUUCUCAUCAACCACCUGGAGAGGUUAAUCAAGAAGGCCAACGGAGAGUACCGGGUGACCUGGCACAUGCUGAAAACCAGUUCGCGGCGCAAGUCUUCGGAGGCCACCAUUGCGCGCAGGCUCCACGAGAAGGGGUACCGCUUCUACGCCAUGCGCCACAAGCCCCUGCUGACGGACGAGGACAUCCACGGCCGCCUCGAGUUCGGGGAGAAGUACCAGGGGAAGCCCAUGUCGUGGUGGCAGUCGCACGUGCACAUGCGCAUAGACGUGAAGUUCUUCCCCGUCCUGCUCGCGGGCAAGGCCCGUCGCCGCGUGGCCCAGUCGGGCACGCGGGGCGUCAUCCGCCGCCUGGGCGAGGGCCUGAACGCCAGCUGCGCGAAGGAGCCCAACCCGAAGUUGAAGCACAACACGGGCGCGAAGGGGGUGCACAUUUUGGCCGGCGUUGGCGACGGGGAGGCCGCGCGGGUCUACGAAGGCCCGAUUCUCAAGGCGCUGAAGGCGGAGUGCCCGGGGACGAAGCGCUUCCGCGCCCUCGGGGACGACGACCCGUCUGGCUUCGAGGCCAGCAAGAGCGUCGCCGCCAAGCAGCGCGCUGGCAUCCAGAUGUUCGAGAUCCCCGCCCACAGUCCGCAACUGAACGCGUGCGACUGCUGGCCGCGGCGGGAGCGCGAGACCCGCGCCGUUUUCAUCCGGCGCCUCAAACGCACGGCCAAGAGCAUUCCCUCGGACAUUGCGAGCAAGAGCGUCGGGGCCAUGAGUAAACGGUGCCAGCGCCUGGUGGCGGCCGAGGGCGGCCAGACCCAUGGGCCCCUCGAGUCCGCGCGCGCGGGCGCCCCG